AUGAGCAUGGCAAAUGGACUGCAUGGCAGUGGGAAGAGUAAUGGUAAUGGUCAUGACAAUGGUCAUGAUAAUCAUGCCUUGGGGUUGUCCACGCCUGGCUCCCUCGAGGUCGAUAAUGCCCCCGUCAAGAGGCAACGCAGCCAGCGGAAUACGAAAUUCAGUCUCUAUCCUUCGCGACCUCGAACAGCCUCGGCGACUACAUCUGGUCCUUCAUCGCCGGUGUCACCAUUCGCUCCGCAACUCCCGCCUCUUCCUCUAUCGUCUCGAGAAGAAACUCUUGCUCCCCCAACGAACAAUCCCCAACGGCCUAAUACCUCCCACCACACCAGCACAAACGACACACCGAGAACCUUCAACACAUCCCCCCAAAUCUCCCAAAUCCCCCAUAGCCUUCACAAGCGACCCUCCGAGGCCUCGAGACUCAGGGCGCUGAACAAUGGCUACAGAUCUCACUCCUCAGACGGCCGACACACACCAGAAUCUGGACUGGAGAGCUUCUCCCGACCACGCCAACCCAGCCUACGCCGGCGGAACGAUUCACCCAAGCCCCUGACCCAUGGCGCAACCUUCCCCCUCCAAGCGCACGACGAAGAGCAAACAACGGAUCAGCAACCAGUAGCACGAGACAGAGGCCUCUCCGUCUCCUCUACCUUGUCUGUUGCCAGCUUCAAACCCUCCCACGCAUUGCGUCCUUCGACAUCCAUACCCGACUACCAAUCCGCAGAUUCAAUAUACUCUCGGCAAAGGAAUUUGAAUAAUUAUAAUUACAGGGCUGCAAGACGACCAGAUAGCAAUUACUCAGCCCAUACACGAGAACCGAUAGCGAGACCUACAGGAUUUGAAAGCGAAGAGGUACGAACCAGUUUUCGCUCAGCAUUGACUACGAAUUCGAGCAUAUUGGGUACGAGUGGGACGGAGAGGAGUAGUGUGAUGACCAAGAGCAGCUCCGCGACUUCGAUAUUUGGACGGGACGAGGGCAUGAGUGUAGAUGACGCUAUUGGAAUGUAUGAAAGCGGAUUUCAGGACUCGGGCACAGAAGAUAAUUAUGGGCCGCCGAGACCCAGUUCUGAGCAAGGGAGGGCGUCAAGGCUGUCGGAGGCAAUGAAUGAUUCGUUGUUGGCGCCUUCUGGUCCUAUUAUUAGGGACUCGGCGGCGAUGUUCGAGUCUGGGAUUAGUUAUCCGCCGAGUCUGGGAGAGAAUAGUGGGCGAGAUGGGACUAUGGAUAUUCAGGAAUCGUAUUUUGAUGGACCGGCUUCGAGUCGACCUGUGACAAGUGCGACUUAUACGAAAGAUGAUGGGACUCGAGAUCGGUACGGCUUCCGGAAAGCUACGGCAAAUGUUCCCAUAGAAAAGUACGAAGCUUGGAACGGACCCUAUACAGAGUACCUUGCUCGACGGCGGAAGAAAUGGGUGGCUCUACUGAAGGAUAACGGCCUCAUUACAGACGACCCCUUCCGCUUCCCACCACAAUCAACUAAAGUAAAACGCUUUGUGAGGAAGGGCAUUCCGCCAGACUGGAGAGGAGCAGCCUGGUUCUACUACGCCGGAGGUCCAGCCAUGGUUUCAAAACACUACGGUGUAUAUGACGACCUUGUCAGGAAAGCAGCUGCGGGCGGAGUGAGCGAAACAGACGACGAGAUCAUUGAACGAGAUCUCAACCGUACAUUUCCCGAUAACAUUAGAUUCAAGCCCGAUACUCCCCCGGGUCGAGACUCUCACGCAGCACCAGAAGUAGAAACGCCUAUGCUGCAAUCACUACGCCGUGUUUUACAAGCGUUCUCAAUAUUCAACCCGAAAAUCGGGUACUGCCAAUCCCUGAAUUUCCUCGCGGGUCUUCUACUUCUUUUUAUGGAAGAAGAAAAGGCCUUCUGGAUGCUUAAUAUCAUCACCCGCGUCUACCUGCCCGGUACACAUGAAGUGAACCUUGAAGGCGUCAAUGUAGAUCUCGGUGUUCUUAUGAUCAGCAUCAAAAGCAUGAUGCCUCAGAUCUGGGCCAAGAUUGGUGGAGAGCUUGACGGUUCUGAUGGUGAUGGGAAGGUGUCUAUGCGGCUACCGCCUGUUACUUUAUGCGCGACUGCGUGGUUUAUGUCCUGCUUCAUCGGUACAUUGCCUAUCGAAACCACACUCCGGGUCUGGGACUCCUUUUUCUACGAAGGCAGUAAAACGCUCUUCCGCAUCGCACUCGCGAUCUUCAAAGUCGGCGAACAGGAGAUCAAAGCUGUAAGCGACCCGAUGGAAAUCUUCCAAGUCGUUCAGACGAUCCCGCGACGUCUGAUUGAUGCUAGCACACUGAUGGAGGUGUGUUUUAGGAGGAGGAAUGGCUUUGGAAACUUGUCGCAGGACACAAUUGAAAAGCUUCGCGCGCAGAGACGGAAAGGGUAUGCGGAUGAGAGGGAGAGGGAUAGGAAGAUAGCUGCAGGCAUAGUACCUAAUGGGGCCGACAGGAAGGGCAUAACUUCUAAAAUGAAGAAGAGAUUAUUAUGA